CUAAAUUCCAAAAAAUAACCCGAACAAGGGAAACGUCAACGUCGAGAAAAAAAACACUCCUUUUGUCCCAAGAUCGGAAGGGGGUUCACAAGGUGUCAGCAGAAACGUAUAUAAACAGUUUCUUUAUCUCCCACAGAAAUUUCAAUGGAACCCGAAGGGCAACGAACGUCCUCAAAUCCCUCGGCAGUACUUGCUGCUCUCUUGUCCAAAAGAGCCAAACUUCAUGAAGAUCUCCGAAACCUCGAAAAACAGGUUUAUGACAUGGAGACUAUUUACCUGCAGGAUCCAAGUCAAUGUGGAAAUGUACUAAAAGGUUUUGAAGGAUUUUUAUCAUCGUCUAAGAGUACUAGCUUCUUGAAACGGUCCAGGAAGUUUCAACCUGAAGAUAGGCUCUUUUCUUUAUCCUCUGUCACCUCACCGGCAGCUGAGGAACAGGCUCUUGGUCGGGAUGGUGGAGGGAUAUCUGCCAAUGGCCCAGGUAGACAAAGGAAGGGCAGGGGAGGUCCAAGAGAUGCAAAGAGAAUGAGGCAUUCAAGUGAACCAGACUAUGAUUAUGAAGAUGAUCCAGAUCUAAUGUAGGUUUAUCAAUCUGGAAUGAUGACAUUGAUCGUUUUUGACAUGUACAAAUAUAUUUGGCGGCCUAGAAUUGUAUUUCUUUAGCAUUGACUGGUCAUUAUGUCGUAUUGAGUCACCCCAGGAACAGCAGAUUAAAAAGAAAUUGUAUCCCGGGUGAAUAUUUUGUUUCUCUGUUGCUAUUAUAUGUUUUUGACAGCAACAUUAUAUGAAUGUUUUGUUUUCCU